AUGCUGAGCCCGGAGCUGAACCUGGGCGUGUUUUCCCAGCUGGAAGAUGUUUCUAGGUUGGUGGGCGCAGCCCCCAGAGCUCUGCCCCCUCUCUCCACACAGAGCAGGGCAGAUAUCGGGGGCGUGCUGCCCGGGCUGACGAUAAGGAGCAUGGUGGUUGGGGGCGCCUCUGAAGACAAGGUGUCCGUGCACCGUGGGUUCCGAGGCUGCAUGCAGGGAGUGAGGAUGGGGGGGACGCCCACCAAUGUGGCCACCCUGAACAUGAACAACGCCCUCAAGGUCAGGGUGAAGGACGGCUGUGAUGUGGAGGACCCUUGUACCUCGAGCCCCUGUCCCCCCCACAGCUGCUGCCACAAUGCAUGGGAGGACUACAGCUGCGUCUGUGACAGACUUUUGGGUGUAGAGCCAGAAGUGGGCUUGCUGGGUCAUGUGGAAGUGUCCCCCCAGUUCUUGCUGUCAACAUCUGACAAGUUGAACUUCACGGGAGCCACAGUGCCGUCGUUCGACACCAUUCAGGAAGAGUUCCCCAGGGAGCUGCAGUCCUCUUUCUCCUUCCCAGCUGACUUCUUCAAACCACCUGAAGAAAAAGAAGGCCCCCUGGGGAGGCCGGCCGGCCAGAGGACCACCCCGCAGACCACGUGCCCAGGACCAGGCACCGAGAGGGAGGCUCCGAUCAGCAGGCGGAGGCGACACCCCGAUGAUGCUGGCCAGUUUGCUGUCGCUCUGGUCAUCAUUUACCGCACCCUGGGGCAGUUCCUGCCUGAGCACUAUGACCCAGACCGCCGAAGCCUUCGCAUCAGUGGGACCGGAGGGUGGUCUGCCCGGGGAUGCGAGCUCCUGUCCAGAAACUGGAUGCACAUCACGUGCCAGUGCAGCCACACAGCCAGCUUCACGGUGCUCAUGGACAUCUCCAGGCAUGAGGUGGGCAUCCUCCUGUGGCCGUUGUGCCCGCCAGGCCUACCCCCGAGUCUGCCCCCUCCUCAAACGAAAUCUUCCACUGCAAGUGUUUUGAACAAAGCACAUCAACCAGUUAAAAACCAUUCCAGGACUGGCCAGAGUCCAUGAGGAUUUCCAUAACAAAGCCCCGUGACAAGGGUUUUCAGAGCCCUGCUUAUGCUUUAUACCCUGGGAUGACAGACCCAAAGCUCUCAGAAGAGCUCCCCAAUCUGCCCCUCGCUUCAGAGUGGGUCUGCUGGAAGGUGCCGCUGUCCAACUGCUUUAAUUGCAAGGGAGGUGACAGCUGCCGGGCACAGUGGGUGUGCUCCCUCGGGGCCACACACAGGGCCGCAGGACAAAAGGCUGGGCGGCUAAUGUUUAGCCUCUGGCAUUUUAAGUGGCCUGGGAAUGUGAGCCAGCUAUUGUGGGCCUGCAGAUGAAUUGGGGAGUGGCCUGGGUGCUGUCCUGGCCUCCCAUUACCCAGACAGGAAGGAGGUGGGAGCCAGCCUGGGCACGGCCUGUGGGGGACUCGGUGUCUAGGAAGCAGAACCAGAGGCCUAGGUGGCCUCCCCUGGCCCCUCCCCAGGGCCGUGCUGUGGCUCAGGCGCCCAGACCACCAUCCUUCCCGAGGGCUUUCUGAUGUGAAGUGGCCCUGGUUUCUGUCACAUUCUUGGAAGGGUGAGUCAGUCCUGAGGCAGGGCUGGAGGGGGGCUGUGGCUUUCUGUGCACUGUAUGUGAGAAGCUGCCCUGCCUGUGCCCCCGUCUCACAGGCAGAAGGCACUCCCCAGCAGGACCCAGCCUGGAGAGGGGGUCAGUGGUUAGUGGACUUGGUUCAUAUAAGGGUGGGGUUGGAGUUCUCAUGGCCAGGAUGCCAGGUGAGAUGCAGACCAAGAAAGCUGAAAUUGAGGCAGAAGAAAGGAGGCUGGAGUGGGAGUCUGAGGCUCCCGUGGCCUGGGUGCCCCAAAGCCAGAGUCUCUGAACAGUCCCCAAGCCAGUGGAGGGAGCCUGGGGUGUUGCUGCAGGCCCCAGGGACACCCAGGGCCCAGAGCGUUGAAGGAGCCACAGGAAUGGCAGUUCCAGGCCCAGGCCCAUGAGCACUCGGCCUCCCCGGCCCAGCCUGAUCUUGGCUUCCUGGCUCAGUCCCAUAUGGUAAACAACCCCUUCCAGAAGAUACCAGAGAACCAGAGCUUGUGAAUGCAGAAAUGCCCCAGGGGCCUGGGGCCUGGACAGGUGUCCUUGUUUGUAAAAGCACAGAAAACACAGCAACGUGAGCACAUGCUGCCGGGCUGCACACUUCAAAGCGCCCAAGAGGGCACGUUUUAUGCCUUGUGUAUUUUAGCACAAUUUUUCUUUUUUUUUUCUUGAGACGGAGUUUUACUCUUGUCGCUAAGGCUGGAGUGCAGUGGCACAACCUCAGGUCACUGCAACCUCCAUCUCCUGGAUUCAAGUGAUUCUCCUGCCUCAGCCUCCAAAGUAGCUGGGAUUACAGGCUCCCACCACCAUACCCGGCUAAUUGUUGUAGUUUUGUAGAGAUGAGUUUCACCAUGUUGGCCAGGCAGGUCCCAAACUCCUGACCUCAGGUGAUCCACUUGCCUAGGCCUCUGAAAGUGCUGGGAUUACAGGUGUGAGCCACCAUGCCCAGCCUUUUUUUAUAAAGACACGUUCAAUGCCCGUAAGAAAUGCAUAAUAAGGUUGGGUGUGGUGGCUCGAAGCUGUAAUCCCAGCACUUUGGGAGGCUGAGGCAGGCAGAUCACUUGAGCUCACAAGUUUAAGACCAGCCUGGGAAUCAUAGUAAAACCCUGGCUCAACCAAAAAUACAGAAUCUAGCUGGGCAUGGUGAUGUGUGCCUAUAGUCCCAGCUACUUGGCAGGCUAAGGUAGGAGGAUGGCUUGAGCCCAGGAGGCAGAGGCUGCAAUGAGCUGAGAUCAUGCCUCUGCACUCCAGCCUGGGCAACAGAGCAAGACCCUGUCUAAAAAAAAUAAAAAUAAAAAUAAAAAAGUAUAGUAAGAGAUCUGGAAAUUUGAAAUUUGAAAAGUAAGUUCAUAUGUCUCAGCUGUGAUAGAGACAUGUGGAGCGGGCAUAGGACAUCUGUGUGCUGGUGGUAAUGAUAGAACACGUCAUAGUAAGGGUGAAGCAGGAACAACAGGAUGGGUGAGGAGGGUACAGAUGCCCGUUGCCAUGGCAAUUGAAGCAUCAAGCCUGCCAGUCCACAUAACUGAAACCUGAAGCUCCACCCAUGCUCAGCGAGUUGUUUAGCUUUUCUUCAUUUUAUGUGAGGGAGUUUUGCUCUUUUUUUUUUUUAAUUUUUUAUUGGAUUAUAGGUUUUGGGGUACAUGAGCAGAGCAUGCAAGACAGUUGCGUAGGUACACACAUGGCAGUGUGCUUUGCUUUUCUUCUCCCCUUCACCCACAUUUGGCAUUUCUCCCCAGGCUAUCCCUCCCCACCUCCCCCUCCCACUGGCCCUCCCCUUUUCCCCCCAAUAGACCCCACUGUUUAGUACUCCCCUUUCUGUGUCCAUGUGUUCUCAUUUUUCAUCACCCACCUAUGAGUGAGAAUAUGCGGUGUUUCAUUUUCUGUUCUUGUGUCAGUUUGCUAAGGAUGAUGUUUUCGGAGUUUUGCUCUUGUUGCCCAGGCUGGAGCGCAGUGGAGUGAUCUCAACUCACUGCAACUUCCCCCUCCCAGGUUCAAGCCAUUCUCCUGCCUCAGCCUCCCACGUAGCUGGGAUCUUAAGUGUGCACCACCACAUCUGGGUAAUUUUGUAUUUUUAGUAGAGACAGGGUUUCUCCACGUUGGUCAGGCUGGUCUCGAAGUCCCGACCUCAGGUGAUCCGCCAGCCUUGACCUCCCAAAGUGCUGGGAUUACAAGCGUGAGCCAUUGCACCCAGCCUGUUUAGCUUCUUUAAGCAUUGCUUUUCUCACCUGGAAAAAAGAUGAGGGUCACAUCCGCACUCUCCUCAGAGCUGCGAUCUAAGGAUGAUGUGGAACGUGCUCACGUCGGGUCUGUGAGAAUGUCUGCCGCUUAAUAAGUGCUCAGUAAAAGGUUUUGCUGAACAAAGAAAAUUACAUUCAUGUCGUAAGUACUCCUUUUCUUUGUAAAGUGAGGGUAAGUCUUUCAGCCAAAAGCAUAAGUCCAUGAUAGAAUUAGGAGGAAGUCCAAGAGGUAUUGCAUGCACCUGUGGAGGAGACACGUUUACCUUCUGCACACGCAGGAAUUGCCUGUGGGGUUUUUAGAUUUUUUUUUUUUUUUGAGAUGGAGCCUCCUUCUGUUGCCCAGACUGGAGUGUAGUGGAGCCAUCUUGGUUCAAUGCAAGCUCUCUGCUUCCUGGGUUCGAGGGAUUCUCCUGCCUCAGCCUCUUGGGUAGCUUGGAUUACAGGCCCGCCACCACACCCAGCUAACUUUUGUAUUUUUAGUGGAGACGGGGUUUCACCAUGUUGGCCAAGCUGGUCUCGAACUCCUGACCUCAGGUGAUCCAGCUGCCCUAGCAGUCCCAUGCAAGCACCCUGGCUGGUGUCCUCCUCGACGCCACCACCUCUGAUUCACAGAUGGCCAAGAGGAACCUGCCAGGUCACAGGCUGUGGGUGGAGGUGUGGUAUUUACCAGCAGGUCCAAGCACUUCACCACCCUCUUUAUUGGGAGAUGGGGGGAGCCUUCCUUUUAUUCUUUUGAGAUGGAGUCUCUCUCUCUCACCCAGGCUGGAGUGUAGUGGCAUGAUCUCGGCUCGCUGCAACCUCUGCCUGCCAGUUUCAAGCGAUUCUCCUGCCUCAGCCUCCCUAGUAUCUGGGAUUACAGGCAUGCACCACCAUGCCUGGUUAAUUUCUGUAUUUUUAAUAGAGACGUGGUUUCACCAUGUUGGCCAGGAUGACCUCAAACUCCUGACCUCAGGUGAUCCACCUGCCCUCUCAAAGUGCUGGGAUUACAUGUGUGAGCCACCAUGCCUGGCUGGGGCCCUUUUCUGAAAUUAUGUAUGGGGAGAGCUGACCCACAUUGGAUCUUUAGCUGCUGAAUUCACAGUGACUUUGGGUGCAUUUAACCCUUUACCUCAGUCACCAUUCACACUGUCAGUAGUUGUACAAUGAAUGAGCACCUACUGUGUGCCUGGGGCUGGGAACAUAGCGGGGAAUGGAACGAGCAGUCUGGGUCCCCACCUUCCUGGAGCUGGUGAUCCCACAGCUAGGCAUCCCUGAGGGGUGUUCCCCAGCUUGGGUGACAGCAGAGGCUGCCCUGGAAAGUGGCUGAGAUGGCUGAGAUGGAAAGCUGGAGAGAGGUCCUCCAGGCAGCAGGCUAGGGAGGUGCAGAGACCAGAGCACACCCAGGGGGUGGCAGCAUCCAGUGAGGAGAGCUGAGAACCCUGGCUGGCACAGUCCGGCUGCUGGUGUGGAGCCCAGUGAGGCACCGGUGGCCAUGGCUGGGAAAUCUAUUCUGUGUCCCUGUACUGAGGGUUCUAGUCCUGACAGCCCUGUGACUUCACCCUGCCAAUGAGCUUAAG